AUGCUUCCAGCAACUGCAGCAAGAGUUACUGCUGAAUUUUACGAUACGGAUUGCGAAACGUUAGCCAAAGAGCUCAUUGGAAAGGUGAUGGUUCAUGUGGUAAACCAGAAACGAGUUUCUGGUGUUAUCGUUGAAGUGGAGGCGUAUCUGGGUGAUGAUGAUAAAGCAUCCCAUACCUAUCUUGGAAAACAGUCACAAAAGAAUAAGAGCAUGUAUCUUCCAGCAGGUCAUGUCUAUAUCUAUAAAUCAUUUCGAGGACAAAACGAUUGUUUCAAUAUCACCAGUGCAAAAAAGGAAGGAGUUGGAGCUGGUGUUCUCAUUCGGGCAUUGGAGCCCGUUCUCGAAAAUUUUGAUUUAAUGAAACAACACAGAUUGGGCAUGAAUCCCUCUUUGAAGGCAGAAAACAUUUCAAAAUAUAAUGUUUGUGCUGGACCAGCUCGAUUAUGCCAUGCAUUAAAAUUGUCAAGGGAGGAGCAUGAUGGAAUAGAUAUGAAACAAUCUGAGGAGAUCUUUUUGGAGGAAUUGACAAUAAGUGAUAGAGCUUGUACGAGUCAGCGGCUUGAUAGCUCUGAAAUGAACAUUGCUGAAAUCACUGUCGAUUCUUCAAAGAAGCAAUCUACAAGGUACAAAAUAGCGUCAUGCCCCAGAAUUAACAUUGAUUAUGCAGAAGAGUGGAAAGAUAAACCACUCAGAUUUUGUUGGAUUGAAAGAAACGCAUAUUUGAGUUGUCAAGUUCCAAUAGGUUUCAAAAAUAAUUGGUUUCAUUAUCCUUAG